GUGAUCCACAGUUGAGCACUGGCGGCUGAAAUAGCAACAGUGCCAUCUUGAGAAGACAACAGAGGAGGAUCAGGAACCAAGAACCAAGAGACAGGAGCAACCAUGUCAGUGGAAACGGUGCAGGAGACGCUGCAACAGGCGGCAGCGGCCAGUUCGUCAACGACAUUGCUGGGAUUCAGCCCCAUGCUGACCACCUUGGUGGGCACCCUGGUGGCCAUGGCCCUGUAUGAGUACUGGCGCCGGAAUAGCCGGGAGUACCGCAUGGUGGCCAACAUUCCAUCGCCGCCGGAGCUGCCCAUUUUGGGACAGGCUCAUGUGGCCGCCGGAUUGAGCAAUGCCGAGAUCCUGGCCGUCGGCUUGGGUUACCUCAACAAGUACGGUGAGACGAUGAAGGCCUGGCUGGGCAACGUGCUCCUGGUGUUCCUAACCAAUCCCAGUGACAUCGAGUUGAUCCUAAGCGGCCACCAGCACUUGACCAAGGCCGAGGAGUAUCGCUACUUCAAGCCAUGGUUCGGCGAUGGUCUGCUGAUCAGCAAUGGACACCACUGGCGUCAUCAUCGCAAGAUGAUUGCCCCCACCUUCCACCAGAGCAUUCUGAAGAGCUUCGUGCCCACAUUCGUCGAUCACUCCAAGUCGGUGGUAGCCAGGAUGGGCCUGGAGGCGGGCAAAUCGUUCGAUGUCCAUGACUACAUGUCGCAGACCACCGUCGACAUCCUGCUGUCCACCGCCAUGGGUGUGAAGAAGCUGCCGGAGGGCAACAAGAGUUUCGAGUACGCCCAGGCCGUCGUCGACAUGUGCGACAUCAUCCACAAGAGGCAGGUGAAGCUUCUGUACCGCCUGGACUCCAUCUACAAGUUCACCAAGCUGCGCGAGAAGGGCGACCGCAUGAUGAACAUCAUCUUGGGCAUGACCAGCAAGGUGGUCAAGGAUCGCAAGGAGAACUUCCAGGAGGAGUCGCGUGCGAUUGUUGAGGAGAUCGCCAGCCCGGUGUCCAGCUCGCCGGCCUCCAAGAAGGAGGGUCUGCGCGACGAUCUGGAUGACAUCGAUGAGAACGAUGUGGGCGCCAAGCGUCGAUUGGCCCUCCUGGAUGCCAUGGUCGAGAUGGCCAAGAAUCCCGAUAUCGAGUGGAACGAGAAGGACAUCAUGGAUGAGGUGAACACCAUUAUGUUCGAGGGUCACGACACCACCUCGGCUGGCUCCAGUUUUGCCCUCUGCAUGAUGGGCAUCCACAAGGAUAUCCAGGCCAAGGUCUUUGCCGAACAGAAGGCCAUCUUCGGUGACAAUAUGCUGAGGGAUUGCACCUUUGCCGACACCAUGGAGAUGAAGUAUCUGGAGCGCGUGAUCCUGGAGACCCUGAGGUUGUACCCUCCAGUACCGCUGAUCGCCAGGCGUCUGGACUAUGACCUCAAGUUGGCCAGUGGUCCGUAUACGGUGCCCAAGGGCACCACCGUCAUUGUGCUGCAGUACUGCGUGCACCGACGUCCCGACAUCUAUCCCAAUCCGACCAAGUUCGAUCCGGACAACUUCCUGCCCGAACGGAUGGCCAACAGGCACUACUACUCCUUCAUUCCCUUCAGCGCCGGACCGAGGAGCUGUGUGGGCCGCAAGUACGCCAUGCUGAAGCUGAAGGUCCUCCUGUCCACCAUUGUGAGGAACUACAUUGUCCACUCCACCGACACGGAGGCGGACUUCAAGCUGCAGGCCGAUAUCAUCCUGAAGCUGGAGAACGGAUUCAAUGUCUCGUUGGAGAAGCGUCAGUAUGCCACGGUGGCUUAAGGAAAUUAGGGAACUUAAGGAACCCAGAACCCAGAACCGCAAUCCCGAACCCAGCCCUGUACAUAGAUGAAGAAUCCCGCUGUUUAUCCCGAUCCGAAACCACGAUGACGAACCCACUUAGAUCCGAAGGAACCGUAGAAGAACCCCACACACAAGCCAGCCAGAGAGUCAACCAAUUUUUCUUUCUUUUCUUAUCUCGUUACUUCUAUAUGAUUAAUACCUUUUUGUUUGUUGGUCUUUAGCGGGUGGUGCCCCUAUAUAAUGUAUACGUAUAUACCAAUAUCCUUUUUAACCAACUAUUCAACGCAACUGUUUGUGCUCUUCACCUUUUUUUUAUAUUAUUUCUUCCUCUAUCACUAUCUGCACUUUUUUUUCCUAGCCAUGUAGUGUGAUUUUUUUUGCUCUAUUCUAGUAUUUAUUAAGUCAAAUGGUUUGAAUGAAACCCAAAAAAUAUGAAAAAUACAUGUACGACAAGGCAAGUAGCCAAUGGAGCUGCAAAAAAAAUGUAA